AGUGCACUGUUUCCAUUACCUCAUUCCCUUGGCCAAGCAGGGCAACUAUGCCAUCGUGGCCAAUGUGGAGAGCAUGGACUACGACCCGCUGGUGGUCAAGCUCAACAAGGACAUCAGCGCCAUCGAGGAGGUGAUGGCCGCCAGCCUGCAGCAGCACAAGUUCCAGUACAUCUUCGAGGGGCUUGGUCACCUGAUCUCCUGCAUCCUCAUCAACGGGGCGCAGUACUUCAAGCGCAUCAGCGAGUCGGGCAUCAAGAAGAUGUGCCGCAACAUCUUCGUCCUCCAGCAGAACCUCACCAACAUCACCAUGUCCCGUGAGGCCGACCUGGACUUCGCCAGGCAGUACUACGAGAUGCUCUACAACACGCCGGACGAGCUGCUGAACCUGGUGGUGGACCAGGGCGUGCGCUACACCGAGCUGGAGUACACCAACGCGCUGAGCCUGCUGCACCGCAGCCAGACGGGCGUGGGCGAGCUGACCGUCCAGAACGUGCGGCUGCAGCGCCUCAAGGAGCUCAUCUGCGAGCAGGCGGCCAUCAAGCAGGCCACCAAGGACAAGAAGAUCACCACCGUCUGACCCCACCGCCGUGGACGUGGGCACCACCAAAGAUUCUAGAACAGCUCUGUUCUAGAAUCUUUGGGCACCACUGGGGUGGGGGGGGGGGGGGGGGGGGGGGGUGGAGGGGGUAGAGGCCCCCCCACACAGAGGAUGGACUGAUGGAUGAAUAAAAUGGAUGGGAUGUGUUUAGUAAUGCUUUAUAAUUAUAACCCUCAAAUACACACAAGUAGAAACUCACUGCUUUAACAGAGUCAGCAAGUUACUGAAACCCGGAUCUCCUCUCCUCUCUCUCUUUCUUUCUUUCUUUCUUUCUUUCUUUCUUUCUUUUUUACACUUUUAUUUAUCCAACUACAGCUCAUCACACUCUCUUCCGAUAAUGCCUUUUCAUGUGGUUUUCUGACUUCUGGUGUUUGUUUGUUUGUUUGUUUGUUCGUACGGUUUAUUUAUGCAUUAACACAGCCAACCGGAAAGUACCUUUCUCAUCUGAUGUGCAUCUAGUGACUUUGUACUGCACCUACCGCUUCUCUAAUAAGAAGGCCUGAAGAUACAAACAAACACACACACACACACACACACACACACACACACUCACAUGCACACAUACACAUACACACACUAAUUCGAUAAAUCCUUAGAUCAUGCUCCUCUGGACUGGGCUUCACCUUGUAGUACCGGGGGACAGUAUGUCUCUGGCUUGGGGCCAUUUUCAUCUCAUUUUCUCUGUAAUAUCACAGCGGUGUGCGUCUGUAUCACUCCCUCCUCGCUAUCUCUCGGUCGGCACCCGUGCCCAGAAUAGCCAACGCUAGAUUAGAACCAUUUGAAUGAUUAUCAGGUGAAUGGAAUCUUCUCAGCCUCACUUUUCUUUUUUCAUUGUUGUUAUUGUUGUUGGUUUUGAUUUUCUCCGCACCCUGAAGAUGAGCUAACGGAAAUAGCCACACACUCGUUUUUAACCGCAGAUUCUGUUUUUUUUUUUAUUCUCUCGCUCACAUGAUUUUACUACCUCUACUUUGUUUCCGGCAAUUUCCUAAUCUUCUUCAUUUCACCCUGUAGUUUACAGCUGAGGCAGUGGGGAGGGGUGGGAGAGGAGACCUGAUCCGUAACGGCUCCCAGUGCUGACCACUGCUGCAUAGAGGCUCAUUUGGGAUGCAAGAGCCGGCCUCUCUGCAGCGUAAACACAGUUCAUACAAGGAUGGCUUUACAAAAUGGAUGCUUGCGAAUUCACCUUCAACUGUAAUUUUGGGACCUCCCUUAAAAGCCACCGCAUCCCCCACGUUCAGGCAGAUGCCGAGGCAAAUGCACACACACACUCCAGCACAGAGGCACGAAUGAUUUGUCUCUGGUGCUACCCUGACAUGUUUUAGUUCAUUAAGCGUUGAGAAAAGUGCUUAAGAAAAGACCGAAAAAAAUGGAAGGAUGGAUAGAAUAGAAGAAAGAGAGCCUCGUCAGGAGAUGGAAGAAAGAAGAAAAAACACAGGCAGGAGGCAGAGACGCUUUUCCCCACAAAGUGCCGGAAUGAUCCAUCAUAAUGACUCAGCCCCCGAAAUCAAUGAGGGAGUAGGGCCAGCCAUAGGGAUUAGCGAGAGGCAAACAAUCUUUCAUUUCUGUCGCUGAUUUCAAUCUUGAGGAGAGCGUUCUACAGCUGACAAGCCAGGUUGAGGAUUUUGGUUGUUGGCAAACUAAGGGGCAGAUAGAGCAACGUGUGAGGUGUGAAAAGAGUAUGACUGUGCCAAGCCUUUGACCCUGAACAUAAGCAGCCUCACUGGGUAAGGGUAAGAGUAGCCUAGGCAAAGGCCCAAAGGGAGGGCUAUGAGGGAGGCUGCUUCCUGAUAUAGCACAUGUACGUGUCAAACAAAGGCUCUGUAUGCAUUAAUAUUCUUUCUAUAUUUUCUCUUUUUUUGUUGUUGAUCUUUUGUGUAAACAUUACUUACAGAACCACAUUUUUGUUUUGCACAACACUAAUUAGGACGUCCAUUGAAUUUGUUUUUAUGAAUAUAUGAAUGUACUUCUUGUGUGCCUGUGUGGUGCAGGAUUAAUUAAAAAGGAUUAUUUUGAACCUUGAAAUCAACAUAAUAUCCUGGAUGAGAUCACCUGGAGAAUGCCCUGUGAAUGAAUCCCAAGCCUAGCUGAUAACACUGAAUUCUGGAAGUUACUGAUUUGCCAAUCCAUGUUGGUGUAAAAGAAUAAAACAGCAACAAUAAACAAUGAGAUGACAA